AUGGCUGGAUCCCACAAGAGAAAACAUACUGAUGCUGACGCGGUCGGCAGAAAUUUACGUUCACGCCCUGGUGUUGAUACAACAAACCAAGAGGAUGUCGGAUCAUCAAAUGAUACCAACAACACUCAUGAUCUGACAAGAGAACCAUCUCCUGACCAGGGAACCUCAACAACUACUGACCGUACAACUCAUGUCCAGUCCGAAAGGUCACUCUCACCUGAACUCCAACUUAGUGCCGCCUCUGAACUUCAGAAGUGGUUGACUAAUCAACAUAGCACCUAUCUUAAGGGCUUGAUUGAAGAACAGUUCGGGGACCUCAACCCUCGUGACGGAAGAACUAUCUUGAAGUGGAUCGUUGCAUUGAAUAAAUUCUUCGACCACUAUCAGGGUAUUAAGGACUAUGUCCUAGACCCGGUUAAGUUUAAUGAGGGUGAUAAGAAGAUCAAAAGGAUUUUUGCACCCAACCCUGAGACUUACGCAGAAUAUCUCUGCGAUGAUCUCGCUUCAUUACUUCAAGAGCAACAUAUGCCACAUGGAAGAAUAUCAACGCAAGCAACGGAACUCACUUUGAAGGAGAUAUGGGACUACUUAUAUAAGUUUCCCUUUCCCGACCUUGCACCCAUAAUGGAGGAAAUCUUGGUAGAACUCUGUUAUAAGAUCUAUAAAUCCGAAACUGUUGGAGAUUUUAUUCUCGCUAUACAGAGUUUCAAGUCCAGGCCAGACAAUCCGCUUUACGAUUUUAUAAAAUUGUUGGACGUCACGGAAGUAGCUGUCACUUAUUUCUGGGCAAGAUGGUGUCACUAUGGUAAGAUCUUUAUUCGCCAUUGUGCCAAACAUUACCGGGAAUAUAGACGGAACCCUAAUAUCAAGAUUAUGACUUGUUAUGACCUUGAUCAGGCAGCACAAAACGACCCUGACGCUAAGCCGGUGUUUGGUGAGGACCAAUCACUUAAUGUGCUUUACACUCCGGUGAAAGUCCGGGAGCUUGACCCAAAACUCAAAGCCGAGAUGAAUGAAAACAAGGCUAAGAGAGCCAAGCAAGGUGGUGGUAAGAAAGGCAAAGGUGCUAAGAACAAAAGGAAUGCGGAUAAAGAAACUGACGACAAAUUAUCUGACCUCAUCGCAAAGUUGAAGGGGAAAAUGAAGGAUGACCCAUCAUUAGUUGACACACUUAAGACCUUCGUUGAUCUGAGCUCCAAUCACUAUGAGCCUGGUUCCAACCAGUCAUUUAGAUUGGCUGAUAAUAGUAUUGUCUAUGCCGAAGGGCGUGGUACAGUAUUAAUUAGAGCUAAUGGCUACCGCCUUAAAGUACCAGACGUUUUUUACGUUCCCAGUGUAGCGAGAAACUUUAUUGCUGUUGACCUGUUGGGACGUUUAGGUUACCAUUGUGACUUUGGUCUCGACACACUUACAUUGAUUAACGUUUACACUAAGAAAGUUAUUCCUGCUGCAAUAAAGGACAGAAGUUCAGGGUUAUUUAUCGGAAAACUAAAGUCUACGAUAUCACAAGCUGAAAUUAACCCACUUGAUACCAAGAUAGCUUCUACAAUCUUAAGUAUAUUUACUACUACCCCUGAAGCGAUAGCUAAUACGUACGGCAAACAUGAUUAUUAUUAUCAUCACUUAAUGACCAAUCAUAUGUCACUACAGAAUCUCAAGUAUCUUAGUAAACAAGGUGCCAUUGACGUUGAACCAUCGGCUGACGCUGAAAUGAAAGUUAAGGCUUGCAGAAUAUGUUUAGCCACUAAUGCAUUACAUCAUUCAUUCACUGGCACUACUCAAAGACCUGCAACGCGGAUACUAGAAAGAGUCCACUCAGAUACUAUGGGACCAUUCAUGGCGGUUGGCCAAACGUACUAUGUUACAACAAUUGUCGACGAGUUUAGUGGUUAUAUUGACCUAGCUAUCACUAACACCAAACAGGUGACUCAGCUGGUUCUUGACAAGCUAGUUGAGAUAAACAAACGCUUCCCCUCAAUCGACAUCAAAUCAUUUAGAAGUGAUAAUGCUCCGGAGCUACCGAGUGAAUUACAAUUGCGGACACUUGGCAUUGCUCGUGAAACGAUACCACCACGAACGCCACAGCACAAUGGUAUUGCGGAGAGAACCAAUCGAACUAUUUUGGGGGGAGUACGAAAGUGCAUGUUAAAUUUUGGUAGAUGGCAUGCACAUGUUUUAACACUAUUUCCGCAAAUAGUGAAUUAUGCGGUCCAGAUAUUGAAUAACACACCGAAGGUAAGGUUAAACGGUAAGACCCCUUACCAGGUCUAUAAUAAUCGUCCUGACUACAAAUUUAAUUACUGUCAGUUCGGGAUCGAUAUGAUAGUUAAGUGUGCGGAUCGCACUGAAGCAUUGAGGUUUGAUAUACCAAGAGAUAAGACGCUACCUCCAGUUGUCAUGGGAGCAUUUAUGGGUUUCACAAGUGACACAACAAGUUGUACAGUCAUGGUAGACGACACUUUUAAAUUAAUUAACACAGCCCAUUUUACGUUUACAAACACAAUGGAAGUCAUCCACCGAUACUUUAGAUCCCUAUCUGUUCCCAACCUCACAACAACAACAAACCCAAUGAUCUUCAGAUAUAGUCCAACUUCAUCUUUCGUUAGAUCAUCCGUUGCCGAUUCCCCGGACUCGCUAAUACCACCCACUGGUCAAAUGCCCAACCUGUUAAACCCUGCUCGGGAGGACAUCAAUCUGCGAUUGGCCCCGCAAGAUUGGGACCCGACUACUGAUACCUUUUUUGAUAGACCCGAACCACAACUUGAUGUUGGGGGAGGAAAAGAGAACAUCAAAUCACAGGAGAGUAGUAGUACAGGCAAUACAAACGGAGGUAAUAUUCCAGAUAUACUGAGUGACGAUGCGACAGGACCGACAAACCAGAUCCCACUAACGAACCCUAAGGAGAAGAAGAUGAAGCGGAAGAAGCCAGUACAGAAGCCAUACCACGUUUUAAGAUUCAGGCUCUCUCAAGCCCUGAAACCGAACAAGAGUAGGAGGAAAAAGACUUCACCUGACUUUGGGACUAGCCUCGCUAUAUUGCAGGGCAAAACCUUACCAACAGGAUCUUAUACUAGAUCUCCACAACAACAACUCAAUUAUAUGAUGGAAGGAAGCACACAUCAAAAUGAUUUAGAUUACAUUCUAGACAGUGUUACAGAACAGCCAGACCCAUACGAUCCAAUUUGGAACGAAGCCAAAGAGGCCGAAAUAAAUCGGUUCAAAGAACUUGGUGUAUUCGAUGUCGUGAAUAGGAAGAAAGGCAUGUUCGUUGUAAGAACAAGGUGGGUGCUAACUUACAAAGAAGACGACCUAAAGAAGAUUAAGCGAAAAGCUAGAUGCGUUGCUCAAGGUUUCCUUCAGAAGGAGGGAAUAAACUACCAAGAGAGUAGGGUGUCAGUCCCGGUCGUUAACUUAACAACCAUCAGAUUGUUGACAGCAGUAGCUGCUGAAUUAGACUUCGGCAUUCAUCAUAUUGACAUUAAGGGUGCUUACUUAAACGCUAAACUUCCCGAGGUUAUUUAUGUGGUACCACCGCCAGGCUAUAAUGACGAUCCAACUAAAGUGUGGAGACUUAAGAGAGCUCUAUACGGAUUGAAACAGGCAGGGUAUGAAUGGCAUUACACAUUUGCUGAGUUUUUCUUGAAACACAACUACAUUCAAAGCAUGACUAUUGACGGUGUAUUCUAUAAGACAUUUAGCCAUAAUCAUAUUAUCAUUGCGGCUAUCUAUGUUGAUGACAUUUUCUUAAUCGCCUCCAAACAAAGCCUAGUUGACUUCUUUUGCCAGCAACUAAAAUCCAUCUUCGACCAUAGGUAUUUGGGAGAAGUAUCGGAGUUCUUAGGAGUUAAUUUUCACAAGACUAAAGAUGGGUACGAAAUGUCACAAGAGAAAUAUGUUAAGAAUAUACUCACUGAGAUGGAUAUGCUUGAAUCCUAUGGGAAACACAUCCCAAUAGUGAAGGAGAAACCGGACUACUUCGGGGGAAGAAAUGCUAAUGAUAAUUUCAUAUCAGAAGAUAAUGAUGUUGCACUCUUAGACGAAUCGUCGAAGAAGACUUAUCAGAGAGUGGUUGGGCAGGUAUUAUGGGUGGCCAGAAAUACAAGGCCAGAUAUCUCAUUUGCAAUCAACCGACUAGGUUCCAAGGCUGCUAAUCCCGAUGUAAACGAUUACAACAAGAUGGUAUAUUUACUUAGGUAUCUUAAGGAACAUCCGGACAGAAGGUUGGUAUAUAAUAGGCUGGGUAAAUCAAGGUUCGAAAUCACCGCGUAUUCUGACGCAAGUUUUGCUCCCACACCUGACAGGAAAUCUAUUUCCGGGGGAGUAAUAACAAUGAACGGUAUGCUAAUCAAUUGGUGGUCCAAAACUCAACAUUGGGUAGUUAUUAGUUCUGCUGACAGUGAACUCAUUGCACUUCGAAGCGUUGUUGCAGAAACAUUAAGAAUUCUAGCUACAUUAACUGACUUGCAUUACAAAGUUGCUACUCCAUUGAUUUAUGAGGACCAUACAGUAGUUGUUAGACACUGCAACCAUAUUGGUAUAGGGCAUGAACGUUCUGUAAUGGACACAAGCCUUAAAUACAUACGAGAAAGAGUCAGACGUGGGAUGUUGGAAAUCCAAUGGAUUGAAUCUGAGAGGAACACAGCCGAUAUUCUUACCAAGGCCCUUAGUAGGGCUACUUAUGAUUACCUAAGAUCCAGAUUGUUUAAUCAAGAUGUCACAUUGAAUCUACUACAAGAAGUGAACUUACUCAUGGAUGGUUUGAAGAUCUAA